AUGAUUUCACUCUCCCAAGAUCGCGGACUUUUGAGCCAUCCAGACGCUCUUCACGUUGCUCAACAAGCGCCUCUAGUUCUCAAGGACGCACCGAAAACGAUAUCUGCUUCGCCAUGGGCAUCACUAUUCUCUGCACCCGACACAGCUGACUUGUGGAUCACAUACGAGAACUUGCUCUUGUCAUGUCUGCGUUCCGGCGACGAUAAAUCAGCGAUUGAAUGCUUAGAUCGCAUUACAGCACGAUUCGGGUCGCAGAAUGAGCGCGUCAUGGCUCUGACAGGCUUAGGCAAGGAGGCGACGGCGAAGGGGGACGAACAGCUGCAACACAUCUUGACGGAAUACCAGGAGAUCUUGGGAGAAAAUGCAGCUAACAUUCCAAUCGCGAAGCGCAGAGUCGCAUUGCUCAGAUCCAUGGGGAAGGACUCAGAAGCUAUCACCGCUCUUGGCACCCUUCUUGAUUCCUCCCCUACGGAUGCAGAAGGGUGGUCGGAGCUCGCGGAUCUCCAUUUAUCGCAAGGCCACUAUCCACAAGCCAUCUUCGCGCUCGAAGAAGUGCUCGUUUUGGUACCCAAUGCCUGGAAUAUGCACGCCCGGUUGGGCGAGGUUUUUAUGAUGGCAGCCGCCUCGAGUAGCGAUGCGCAACUGAAAUACAGGGCAGAGGCGCUGAAACGCUUCGCUCGCAGCGUGGAGCUAUGUGACCAUUAUCUCCGGGGGUACUACGGACUGAAGCUUGUCGCCGACCAACUCCAAGAGGACAAAAUCCGGAGCAAACCGAAGAACGACCCAGACAGCUUCACUAUACCUGAUCAAGAGACGCUUGCUAGGCUUAGUGAGGUGGCGAUGGAAAGGCUUGCUGACAUAGUAAGGAGAUACAAGGCAGGCGAGCCCCUUUGGCAAGGGUACGAUAGUUCUGCGAUUGCUGCCGCAGCAGACCUUUUGGACAAGACAAAGCAGACGCUUGUAAGAUAG